AUGGCACCAGAGCACAGUGCCCUAAACGCAAAUGGAAAGCGACCAUAUCCCAGCGAUCCCAACCCCAUGGCACCACCAACGUCCCGUCCGCCCUCUCGCCGCCCCUCUACAUCGUUGGGCCACUCUGGCUCUUCUGAGCGAUCAUUUGGGGGCAUGCCACCAACUCUCCCUGAUCGCAUUACUUUGCCAGCAAGAGAACAGGGGGCAGGAAUGCGUGUGCGAUCAAUGGAACGAAGUGUCACCACCCCAGUACAAUCUCUUCAGCGAUUCACGUACACUGCCCCAUCAACCCCGACUCGCUUUGCACCCCCGGUUCGACCGAGCUAUAUUGGGCAGCACGCGGAGAGGCGAACAUCAGGUCCGAUUUCGUACUCGGCAAAUUCCUCGAACCUGGGGAAUAUGGGCCCACCGCCAACUCCGGUUCAUAGAAGAGCGCCCGUGCAUCAGGGCAUGUCAGGAGGGAACAUGGCGAUGCCAAUGGCAAGGCCUCAAACUGCUCCUAUACAACCACCUUUCACACCACGUCGUCCCCAUCAUCAUGGCCCUGUUCCGUUCACUCCCCGAACUAAUUUUUCAGAGAUGGCACAGCUUCCUCACGCGACACCUCAGCACCAGAGAUUUGGCAGCAUGGCAGAGGACAGGCGUCGAAAGUUUGUGCCUGCAGGUGCAGUCCAAACUGCAAACUGGAGCGGAGGAGCACACAUGGGUCCAUGA